GUUUAUCUGGUUAUAUAAGGAAGCUCUUGUGUGUGCUGUGUGUGCACAGGAAUCCAGGCCCUUCUGCCUCCAAUCAGUGAACGUCCCUAGCCUCAGCCAGCACCUGCCUCCCAAAUAUGCAUCACUGUAAGCGAUACCGUUCCCCAGAGCCAGACCCGUACCUGAGCUACCGCUGGAAGAGGAGGCGGUCUUACAGUCGGGAGCAUGAAGGUAGACUACGAUACCCAUCCCGAAGGGAGCCUCCCCCAAGGAGAUCACGGUCCAGAAGCCAUGACCGCCUACCCUACCAGCGGAGAUACCGCGAACACCGUGACAGCGAUACAUACCGGUGUGAAGAGCGGAGCCCAUCCUUUGGAGAGGACUGCUAUGGGUCUUCACGUUCUCGACAUCGGAGACGGUCACGAGAGAGGGGGCCAUACCGUACCCGCAAGCAUGCCCACCACUGUCACAAACGUCGUACCAGGUCUUGUAGCAGCGCCUCCUCGAGAAGCCAACAGAGCAGUAAGCGCAGCAGCCGGAGUGUGGAAGAUGACAAGGAGGGUCACCUGGUGUGCCGGAUCGGCGAUUGGCUCCAAGAGCGAUAUGAGAUCGUGGGGAACCUGGGUGAAGGAACCUUUGGCAAGGUGGUGGAGUGCUUGGACCAUGCCAGAGGGAAGUCACAGGUUGCCCUGAAGAUCAUCCGUAAUGUGGGCAAGUACCGGGAGGCUGCCCGUCUAGAAAUUAAUGUUCUCAAGAAAAUCAAGGAGAAGGACAAAGAGAAUAAGUUCCUGUGUGUCCUGAUGUCUGACUGGUUCAACUUCCAUGGUCAUAUGUGCAUCGCCUUUGAGCUCCUGGGCAAGAACACCUUUGAGUUCCUGAAGGAGAACAACUUCCAGCCUUACCCCCUACCACAUGUCCGGCACAUGGCCUACCAGCUCUGCCAUGCCCUUAGAUUUCUACAUGAGAAUCAGCUGACCCACACAGACUUGAAGCCAGAGAACAUCUUGUUUGUGAAUUCUGAGUUUGAAACCCUCUACAAUGAGCACAAGAGCUGCGAGGAGAAGUCAGUGAAGAACACCAGCAUCCGAGUGGCAGACUUUGGCAGUGCCACAUUUGACCAUGAACAUCACACCACCAUUGUGGCUACCCGUCACUAUCGCCCACCUGAGGUGAUCCUUGAGCUGGGCUGGGCACAGCCCUGUGAUGUCUGGAGUAUUGGCUGCAUUCUCUUCGAGUACUACCGUGGCUUUACCCUCUUCCAGACUCAUGAAAACAGAGAACACUUGGUUAUGAUGGAGAAGAUCCUAGGGCCCAUCCCAUCACACAUGAUCCACCGUACCAGGAAGCAGAAAUAUUUCUACAAAGGGGGCCUGGUUUGGGAUGAGAACAGUUCCGAUGGGCGGUAUGUGAAGGAGAACUGCAAACCUCUGAAGAGUUACAUGCUCCAGGACUCCCUGGAGCAUGUGCAGCUGUUUGACCUGAUGAGGAGGAUGUUAGAAUUCGACCCUGCUCAGCGCAUCACACUGGCAGAAGCCUUGCUGCAUCCCUUCUUUGCUGGCCUGACCCCUGAGGAGCGGUCCUUCCACAGCAGCCGUAACCCCAGCAGAUGACAAGUGCAGGCAAGCAUACGAAGAGUUGGAGAGCUGGACUGGGCUCCUGACCCCUUUUCUCCAGCCUCUCCCACUGGCCUCUGAGCCAGGGCCACCGAUGAACAGUGCAAUGUGAAGGAAGGCAAGGAGCCUGCAAGGGACGGGGGAUGUGGUGCCCAGCUGCCAGAAAGCACAGAUUGGACCCAAGCUAUUUAUAUGUUGUAAAGUUAUAAUAAAGUGUUUCUUACUGUUUGUAA